GCAAGAUGCGCCUCAUCAUAAAUCUUCGGAAAGAGGGAAGUGGCAGGCGGGGGGACUUUGUCGGAUGACUAGAAGAGGAGUAGAUAACCCAGAACGCUCAUCAAUUAUGUCGCUCAGAACUCUUGGAGCGGAGAAGCCAGAGUCAAGAUGACAAACCCGGGUUGCUGUCUUAUCAAUUCGUGCAGCUCCAGCUGCCUCAAAGAUAAUUUGGUUGCAGCUAGACUUUCAGAAACAGUCUUCAUACCAAGUUCAGGUUCAACCAGUACUUCAAUUUUGACUAAGACUUCAACGUUGACCAAGUCUUCAGCCUUCACCAAGUCUUCAACCUCAUACAGGCAUACGUCUUCAACGCCAGUAUCCUCGCUUACAUCAAUUUUAACAAAGACCACGAAUCAAACCACAGCGCCACGUUCAACGCAAGUCACAACGCAGACUAGCGAUGGAGACUCGUCGCGCCCGAUACCUGUCACUAUCACCUCGACCACUGUGAUCUCCGACCCAGCCGCUACUAACCCUACAACCGCGACGAGUCCAGAACCGAUAGGGUCGGAUGUCACGAUCGUCGUGCAACCGACAGCUGAAACAUCGUCUGGUGCUUCACAGGCUCCCUCAACGUCUGCUGCCCCAGUUGGCCCCAUUGUGGGUGGCGUAGUCGGCGGGGUGCUUGUGCUUGCCGCUGUUAUCCUCAUUUGUUGGUGGAGAAGGCGCAGAGACUUUGAGCAACAGAAAUCAAUGCGAGAAGACCACAUGACUACCUCGAGACCAGGACGACCACCUUCUCCCAUAUAUCCAUAUAGGCCCUACAAAGGUGGGGGUUCCAGGAAUUAUUCGAGAUUCAGUCACUGACCACAUGCAGGUUCAAUAACCACCAAUCCCACAAUAGACAGCCGUGAAAAGACUUUGUACCCUAGUGGCAGGAAUUUCGAGGCACAAUCAAUAGUCGGCAGUCCUAGCCCGCCGCCUUCGGGAGUGUGGGCAUUCACGACCAGAGACAGUCCUUACCCUGAGCCCCUACAUUUUGGACCAGGGGAGUCUGUUUCAGAGGCGAGACAUGAGAUUAGCAUAAUAUCUGAGCUUGACGGCAAUAGGAUGCCCAAGGAGAAUGGCCCAUACGCAGGUGGAUUGCGUGUCGUGAACUAAGAAUUUCUGAAGAUGCUGUGAUAGGGAAUCAGGUAUGCCUGUCGGCUACGUACUAGUGAUACAGGUAAAGCAUGCGGUCGAGAUACUUGUUUAAAUAGUGUUUAGUCUUGCUUUUCUCCGAACAGUCCUCAAAGCGCAAAAUCGAGGACUUGUCGUAAAUCAACACGCCCAAUUGAGUAUUGCC